UGCAUAGUCAGGAUGCGGAUCUGUCAUAUCAUUAAAGGAUGUCAUUGUAAAUUUUGUAUUUAUUAACUUAAAAUAAUUUAAGACAAGACAUUCUGGACAGUCAUUCGUGUCAAAUAAUCGAACCGACAAGACUUUUGUUCGGAUUUGCUUGCUGUAUUUUUGAACAUCCUCGUUUGCAAUUAUAAAGUGGAGGCAGUUUGGAAGUUGGAUGGAUCAUGAUUGAAUGUCAAACAUGAAUAUGAUUCUUUAUCUUUUCUUAUCCAUAAUUUCAAUAUCCAGUGCAGAUGAGCUUUCAGAUUUCACUGUGGUGUAUCCGUAUCGAGACUUCAGCAGUGCUUCACCCGACCAGCACUUUGUCCCAGAAAACACCAGAUCAGCAACAUGGAGUUUCCAGGCAGAAAAUUCCUACCCACAUAGCUGUAGCUCUCCUAAUGUAACUAUAGUUCUGCAGCAUGGCAGUCUACCACUGAUCACACCUCUGGGUGAAAAACAGCCCAAGAAUGCAUUCCUGGAUCAGAGAUGGAACAUUGGUGCCACCUUUAUUGUUCCCACCAACAACAUUAGCCUUGUGUCGAAGCUGAUCUCUCCAAAACCUGGGAUGUGGUACAGCGUGGCCUAUCUACCGGAGGGAGAUGGGAAAAUACUGCCUGCUGACCUAUUUGUGAAAUGCGUGUACAGAAUUCGCAACUGGUUCCAUCUAGAGACGGGACAUGACAUAGAGGAAGUCAGUCCAAACAAAAUCUACCAUAUUUCUCUUCAAAACCUGGCCAAGAAAAUUUUGAGAUUCCUGGUGCCUCUUCAGACAUACAGAUUCCAAGUGUUACUACAAGAUUGUUACCAUGGCAACCAGACUGGUUGUCCCAUCACCAUGGAAACCAGAGGUCAUGCCCUCCCUGGCCCCAGUAACUCCACUGUUAAAGCCCAAUGUGACCCUGACAACACUAGCUGUGUGGUAACCAUGGAGACACCCAGCGCGGGGGCGUGGCACUAUCUACAGCUGCAGUCUCAUAGCGACAACACUAACAAUUUGAGUCUUCAAAUAAUUUUACAAGACUGUGUUGCCAUGACAUCAUACCAAUCUGGUCCCCAGCUGGGCCAGUGUGGACUGAUUCCCAUGCUCGACAAAUUCACGUUCAACCCAAAGUUUCACAACAAGUUUGGCUACAUCAAUGGCAGCAGGUUUGAGGAUGUGCUGUUGCAGAUGAUGGAAGGGUUCACACAGGUUGUGCCGUUUAGAAUUGUUGAUGCUGUGGACAAUGGGGGAAGCCUAAUUGUCAAUGUCCAGAUGCAAGACAUUGUAGCAGUUGAAAAUAAUGACUUGCAAGUAAAACUCAAUGUGUGCUUUCAAAAAGAGGCCAUUCCUUUUGGUGGUAAUCAGUCACUGUGCACAGAUGGUUACCGUGGCAUCCUUAACAGUUCUCAAGGUCACAUGAAGGUCAUUGUGCCCUACCCCCAGUCUGGGUAUUGGUUUAUCAGUGUUCAAAUGCAAUGCUACAGACUGGAUCAGAACAGUACUGUGGAUGUUCAGCCAUGUGGACAGCUGUCAGCUGCAGUCGAUGUUUCCAUAGUAACGGAUGCAUGCUCCGAGGGGGGUUGCAGCAAACAUGGCCGCUGUAUCAACUACCUCAAUGGGCACGUGUUGUACACUACAUGCAAAUGUGACGAUGGUUGGCGUGGUUUUGACUGCACAGACGGCACAGCAGUGGAAGCAGACGGUCAUCAGCUGCAGGAACUACUUCUUCUCACGCUGAGUAACCUUAUAUUCAUACCCGCCAUUGUGCUGGCUGCGUACAGGAGAUAUUAUGUUGAGGCGUUGGUCUACGCAUACAACAUGGUCUUCUCAGGGCUGUACCAUGCAUGUGAUGGGGGCCGGAGGGAGGACUUCACGUACUGCGCCAUGCCAAUAAACAUCGUCAGUCAUGCAGACUUCUUAGCAUCUGCAACUUCCAUCUGGAUCACACUUGUUGCCAUGGCUAGACCACCCCUACAGUGGAAGGGUUUCCUACAGAUGUGCGGCCCGCUGGGUCUGUUGAUAGGAGUGAUGUACCGCCGCACCAGCGCCUUCCUGUUCCUUGUACCCGCAGGUGUGGGGCUCACACUCAUUCUUGUGUCCUGGAUAUGUCGGUGUUGUUACCGCCACAAGUGCUACCCCAGCAUGAAGAAGUACCUGAUGUUUCUGGUACCCGGCCUCUUGCUAGCGGCGGGCGGUUUGUGUAUAUUCUCGUUUGUGGAGCGGGAGACCAACUACAUGUACACCCACAGUGCCUGGCACGCCUGCAUGGCCCUCAGUGUGCUCCUGUUACUGCCUCCCAGGGACUCAAGGGUUCAGUACAAAGUAAAGGACAACAGUUUAGGUGGUUCCUCUUACCAGCCCAUAGCAGGUACCCGUCAGAACUAUAUCAUCUAGAUAUUGCCGCAGGAAACCAGCCCAUAUCUGGUACCCGUCAGAACUAUUUCAUCUAGAUAUUACUGCAGGAAACCAACCCAUAUCAGCACCAGUCAGAACUAUAUCAUCUAGAUAUUGCCGCAAGAAACCAUCCCAUAUCAGCACCAGUCAGAACUAUAUUAUCUAGAUAUUACUGCAGGAAACCAACCCAUAUCAGCACUAUUCAGAACUAUAUUAUCUAGAUAUUACUGCAGGAAACCAACCCAUAUCAGCACCAGUCAGAACUAUAUUAUCUAGAUAUUACUGCAGGAAACCAGCCCAUAUCAGCACCAUUCAGAACUAUAUUAUCUAGAUAUUGCUGCAGGAUACUUGCAUACGAGUUCAUUUUGUGAAUCUUUUUUUUUUAGCUGUAACAUGUGUAUGGUCUCUCCUAUAAGUUAUAUUCUCCCUUUAAAAACUGCAAUAAACCUUCAAAGCCUACAUUAAAAAACAACAACAAAUGAAGUGCAAAGUAACACUACCAUCCAGAAUAGAGCAGGGCCAGUAGAAACACUUUAAUCCACAAUAAACCAGGACCAGUGUUCAUAACGCUCUUAAGGGGAAUCUUAACUUAAGUUUUAUGUAUGUGAACAUUUCAGAUCAUUUUCGCUCAAAGUGAGUUCUGUGUUCACCUUUUGUCUGUGGUUUGUUUGCUGUUAUGCAGUGACCUUUUUAAAACUUUAGAGGCUACUUUUAUUGCUCAAUCUUCAUGAGGCUGGUCCGAACAUUUGUUCAAAUGAUAUUUCGGCCGAGUUUAAAACUUCAUCCCUCAAUGUCAACAAGGUCACUAGGUAAAAUUCAAAAAAGCUUCUGAAUGCACUUAAAUUAACAGUUUAUAAAAAUUGCUCAGAAUAUUUUGUGCUAAUAAUGUUUUCGGCUCAGUUCGAACAUGGGUCAUCUGUGCCCUUAAAACAUGCUAAACAGGGGAUGGGGUAGUUAAGGUCAAAAGUCAAAUUCGCCAUAAAACAGGUUGUCCAGACUCUAACUUUGUCUAACUUUAUAAAUGAGUGGUGUUCUGAGAAAACUGGG